ACGAGUUUCUAAAUAUAAUUUAAGAAAUAAUAUUUUCGAACUAUGGACUUUUUCUUCAGGGUUUUUAACCGAAAUUUACAAAUAUUUAUAUUGCUUGCAAUUCUGUUUUGCAAUGGAAAUGCAGAAAAUAAUGGAAAUGAACGGGGAAUUGCACGAAGGAUGAUUGGUGGUAAGGAAGUUGAAAUUCAGGAUUAUCCAUUCAUGAUGGCAUUAUAUUUUAAAGGAGAUUCAAUACAAGAUUAUGGCUAUUUUGGUGGAACUUUCACAUUGAUAACAUCGAAAACUGCAUUAGGAUGUGCUCACAUACUAUUUAAAAAGAAACCUGAACAGUUUUAUGGGAUAAUUGGUCACAAAGAUAAAUUCCUUGGGAAAAAAGUCCAUUUUAAAAAGUUAAUUGCACAUCCGCAUUUUGUUGGUACAACAUUUCUUUUCGACAUAGGACUUUUAAUACUAAACAGCGCCGUUUCUUUAUCGAGCAGUCCUCUUGUUCCCCCAUAUGUACAAACAAUCGCUCUACCACGUACGAAUAUAGAAUUUUAUUCGGGAACGGCAGUAACGGCUGGAUGGGGGAAUACCGGAAAAAGUUAGUAAAUGGUGAAUUUUUCAAAAUAUUUUUAACUAAGACAACUUUUUUUAAAAAAAUAAACUGAAAUAAUAUUACCACUUUUCACUAAAUUGAAUUCCGAGAAAAUACUGUGAAA